GGUUUGUUUCUCCGAAAUUGUCUCCCCAUGAAAUAUCGCUUUUAUAAUUGCUCAUUGCUACCUUUUCUGUAAUAUUACAUCACAGAAAAUAUAUGAAGAAAAGAAGGCAACGUGAGAAAGAAGAUAUGAAGAAAAGAAAGCAAGGUAAGAAAGAAAAUGAAGAAAACUACGAAAACAAAGACAUGCUGAGUGAGUUAGCCGACGGAGUUCUCCUUCACAUUUUGUCAUUAUUGGAUACAAAACAGGUCGUUCAAACUUGCGUUUUGUCCAAAAGAUGGGAACAUCUCUGGAAACGUAUUUCAACUCUUAUGUUGUAUGCUUCAAGUUUUUCCACUCCGAAGCAAUUUGCCAUGUUCGUGUCUAAGAUUUUGACUCUUCGUGAUACCUCAAUUCCACUGCAAGCUCUUGAUAUUGACCGUCAUGGUAAUAUUGAGUCUCAACUCCUUGAAAAGGUUUUAGACUAUGUUUGGUCCAAUAAUACACACGUUAAGGAAUUAGAAAUCUCUGUCUGUGGUGAUAGUUCUCUCAUUCUGAGCUGCGUUUCUUCAUGUCGGGCUCUUACAUCUCUUAAGCUUGAUAUUUAUCCUAGACGCAAUAUUGGUGGUAAUUUUGGAACAAUAUUUCCAAAAUAUUUGAAUUUGCCAGCAUUGACCAGCUUGGAUCUAACAAAUUUCGCCUUUUGGGGUGAUAAAAACGGCUGUGUUGACCCCUUUUCCGCCUUUACUAAGUUGAAUAGUUUGGUCCUUUACGGUUGUAAGAUAGAGGAUGCUCAAAUCCUCAAGAUAUCAAGUGAGACACUUGUCGAUUUAGCUAUGCAUCAUAAUUCAUCUAAUUUUUCCCAAAUUGAGUUGUCUACUCCUAGUCUUUGCACCUUUACUAUUACCGGUAUUCCUAAUCAGAAAAUAUGUGGGAGCGGUCUUUCUUCUGUUAAACAAGUAAAUAUUGAUGCAAAAAUGCAUUCAAAUUUUGAGGAGUCUCCUAUGGUUCUAUUGAGCUGGCUGCUAGACCUCGCCAAUGUAAAAUCAUUGAUAGUCUCUUCAAUUACUCUUCAGAUUCUCUCCUUAGUUCCUGAUAUAUUAGAGGUUGAGCUCCAUUCUUUGUGUAACUUGAAGUCGAUGGAAAUAAAAUUGGAACCUCUUCAAACUCAACUGGGAUUACCCCGCGUAGUGAAUGCCAUGUUAAAGAAAGUUGCUGCCAAGUCGAGUAAAGAAGCUACCAAGUUACAAAAAGCAUUUAAAGCAGGUUUGGAACCUCCUCCCAUACCAGAUGGAAUAGUUGAUUUCUUGCGACAAAACUCACCGCUGGCGGAAGUUAACAUCCUAACAAUUUACUCAAAUUGUUUUAAUCUUAAGGAGGUUAAAGAAUCUAUAAAGGGCGCCAGGAUUAUCAACUAUCAUUCGCAGUUUGCCGCGUCUGCCUCCUCCUCAUCUACCACACCUGCUUCUGCCGCCGCUCCUGCUUCUGUUGCUGCACCUCUCAAUCUCCAAUCUCUGUCACACUGAAAAGGACGAUAAAUCAUCCAAUGAAGAGAAGGUGGGGAAGCACCAACAUAACAGCGACUCUCCACUUCUAGAUAAUGGGCAGUGAAGAGUUCUCAUAUUUCCUACAAGUUACAAUGUCUUAUUUGCGGGCCUUUCUUUUAAGAUAUUAGAUAAGUGACUGAAAAAGAAUCAAAUUUUCUGACUUUACUACAUGUUUGAUUUGCCAAGCACUUGGUCUAUCACACGACCUCUUCAUUUGAGGUCCAUGAGAUUCAUCUAGCUGAUAGUCUCCAAUUUUGAAGCCAUAUUGUGAUAUACUUAUUUAGCGACCAUCUCAGAGUAUGUCUCGGAUACUAUAUUGUUGUGAUAUAGUAGUACUUAUUUAGCAACCAUCUCAGAGUAUGUCUGGGAUACUAUAUUGUUGUGAUAUACUUAUUUAGCGACCAUCUCAGAGUAUGGCUCGGAUAUAUAUUGUUGUGAUAUACUCUUAGCGACCAUCUUAGAGUAUGUCUCAGAUACUAUAUUGUGAUGUCCAAAUCAUGUUCUUCGGCACUUAAACGCAUGUUCAUAUAGUAUGAACGUAUGAACAUGUGUCUUUUGUUUUCUGUUAGUUUUCAUGAAUCCUUUAGUUUCUAUUGGAUCUUGUUCAUCGACGAAUUUUAAUUUUUGCUAUAUAUUUGUUUUC